UGCUAGCUAUUCGGUAAUUGCAGCAAAAAGUUGAUUUUUCAACGGAUUUCCAACGCCUCCAGCUUGGUUUCCAGAUGUGACUCCGCCCGUCGAACCUGUUUCUAGAACUUCUUCAGAAAGUUUUCAAAACGCCCCACGUCAAUGGCUUCAGAAGAAGAAGAAGAAAGAUCUUCAAAACGCCACAAGUCCGGAAAAGAAGUCCAAGAAUCCCCCGACUUCUUGGCUUGUUCUUCGUAUGCUCCUUCAAAUUCACAGAAGGAGAUGCCGUGGCUCGAACAUAUCCUCGAAAGGGUUUUCUUCAACCUACCAGUUCAAUCCUUAGUCCGCCUCAAAUUUGCCUAUAAAGCCUGGGAAGAGAUCCUCACCAACCCCCGUUACUGGUUGUCAUCCAGCCCUGAACCAAAUCCGGCACUCGGUCUUGUGUGCAACAAUGUCCUGGGCAAGAACCCUCUGUUUCAAUAUUUCUCUUAUGAGAAUCAUCAUCAUCGAAUCGACUCAAAUCAGGAGAGGAGCGGCAUGUUCGACGAUAAGUUCUUAAAGAAUGCUUCCUCCGCCAGCAUUCUGCAUUCUUCAGGUGGCAUGUUGCUUCUUACUUACAUGCCUCGUGACUCUAACUCCAUGGAGCCAUGCUAUGCGAUCUACCAUCCAGCCACCAGUCACUUCUCCAGACUAGACCUCCCACCGGAGUUUCAGCUACCGAGGCUUUCUUUUAUGUACGUAGUCUAUGAUCCGGACGAAACUAAUGAAUACACAAUUGUCGGCAUUCGUUAUGUCCCGUGCAAAGGGUACAGGGUCGAAGUUUACUGGCCUCUCCUAGAGACAAUCGUUUCUUAUCCCCAUUACAUGAACAUAGUCAACUUUGAAAAUGGUGUCUACUGCAAUGCAAGACUUCACUGGAUCUGCGAGGGCGAUAUCGACUUUUCCUGGUAUUACGUCGUCCACACAGGCUCGCUUCAGAUAAUGCCGAGUAUUAAGUCUGCUAUGACAGAGGAGGAUUUCGAGACAGAUUGGACGGAGAAUUACUUUUUCGGAGAGUCUUUCGACCGCUUAACUUUUGUUCCAAUCGGACGCUCGACGAUGAUAUUCAGUGUCUAUCAGAUGAAGAGCAUAAAGAACGACUACAACACUGGAACUGGAUGGACCAAAACUUAUCAGGUUAAUCUUUCCCGUGAUCAUCCUUAUCAAUUGAACCAUCUUGGUCUUCAUUGUGGCAGCUUCGGUGUAAUUGCUGUGAUUCAUAGCAGCUAUCACACCACCGAGCGCUCACCCUCAUACUUGGUUUUCUAUUGUAGUCCAGGGAAAGCUCUUAAAUACAAUCUUGCUUCCAAGACUUUCAAAAUCCUAAUUGGAUUUGAGGACUUCCCUGUAGCGGGUGAUACUUUCCAAGUGAGGGGUUCAUUAGGGUUUCAAUACAAGGACACCAUUUAUUAUCCAUGAUUCAUUCAAUUCAUAUAAUAAGGAAGAACCAUAAUUGAUGUGAUAUAUGAUCGAUCGCAUGAUUGUUCUUUGAACACCUCACCUUAGCUCGUGGAGUACAGUGGAUAUAUAGAUAUAUUGUGGGUGUGGUGUGGUGUGGUGUGGGAUAUUGUUGUAUGUUCCCAAAACAAACAAACAUACAUAUUACUUACUGCGCGCUCAAGCUACUUAGUUGUAGAAAUCUGUCCAAAUAAUUGUGUUGUUGGUACAAUUCAUUCUGUAUUCGGAUCCGAAUUUGUCUUUCAUUUCAUGGAAUAUAUUCUUUGGAUGUCUGUCAUUGGUGAGA